AUGGUUGCUCCUGUUCAAAACCUCCUUGCAAAGUCCAUGUUGAGCCAUAUUGGCUUCUCUCUUACCUUUGGAACUGUCGCUGCUUAUGGCUACUGGUACAAGGUUGCUCUCGCUAACCGCAACACUCGCACGGAGUACUACCUCAAGUACAACGCCAACAGAGCUCAAGCACUUUAA